CCUAGGGGAUGUUCCUCUUUUAUACUCUUUCGUAUGUCUGUUUUAUUCACACGUCUCUAGAUUAUUGACCUAGCUUAACCUUGUUUCUAACGAACUACAAUUAGGUCGGUGAGAACGUUAUUACACUCUAACCUAAUUAAUGGAUAUUAAGUAUUCAGCUUAGGUUUAGAUAUCUAAAUAUGACGACCUUCUCUGAUAUUAGAAUAAAAAUAGGACAUUAAAAUAAAUAGAAUUUAUAUUUAAACAAUAAGAAAAAAACAACUUUGACUCGAACUAAACAUAAACUGGUUGUCAAGAGAGUAUUUCGGAUAACACAUAAAGACUAUCUUUAACAGCUGAUCGUUUCUUAACGUGAAAAGAAACUAGACGGUUAGGAAAAGAAAAUCAGAAAGAUGUCUAAAAAGACUGGUGUUGCAAUUUUUGGCUUAGGUCGAGCUGGAUCAAUUCAUAUAAUGAAUUGUAUCAAGAAUUUUCGAAUACAAGUCGUUUGGUUAAUUGACGUAGAUUUGGAUCAUUGUAAAGAAAUAAUCAAUAAAUACUGUCUUGAUGGUACACGUUGUUGCACACCGAACGAAACUCAAUUGGUGUUUGAUGAUGAAAAUGUUAGUGCUGUCCUAAUCUGUUCUCCAACAUUUACGCAUGAAAAUUUGGUAAAAACAGCUUUGGAAAAUGGAAAGGCGGUAUUUUGUGAAAAACCUAUUUCCAAAUCAUUGCAGGCGACUAAAGAAUGUUACGACUUGUCUGAAAAGUCUAAAUUACCAUUAUUCUGCUCUUUCAACAGACGAUUCGAUCCUAGUAUUUCAUCAAUCCAAGAACAAAUUAGACAAGAUAAUCUUGGUAAACUAUAUACAAUAAGAACGUGCAGUAGGGAUUGUCCACUACCUUCUAUGGAUUAUUUAAAAUCAUCUGGUGGAUUUUUUCACGACUGUGCAGUUCACGAUAUCGAUAUGAUUUGUUGGAUUUUAAAUGAAUAUCCUAAAUCAGUAUUUGCGGUUGCAACAGCUCACGAUAGUAGAAUUCGUGAAAUGAAUGAUUGGGAUACGGCCGUUAUAACUUUAAAGUUUGAUAGUGGCGUUAUUGGUGUUAUAGAAAUAAGUCGAUUCUCAGAGUUUGGCUAUGAUCAGAGACUCGAAAUUCAUGGUAAAACUGGAAUGUUGACGUCUAAUUUUCAAUUUCAAGACUCUACUGAAUCGUUUACGAAAUCAGGAAAAUUGAGCACUCCGCUAAAAUGGUCUUUCAAUUCAAGAUACGCCGAAAGUUAUGUAAAUGCUUUGGAAACGUUUAUAGACGCCGUAAGAACGGGAAAAACGUUGGAAAUCUGUAAAAGGUCAACGGUUCGAGUGAGCGAGAUUGCGGACGCAUGCGAAGAAUCUAUUAAAUUGAGUCAAUUGGUUGAAAUUCACUAUAGCGAAGAUUGAAGGCUUUUGUUCGUUUACAUAAGAUAAUUAAGGUCUUUUCAACAAUUCUACUUGUAUAACUCGACCUAAACUCAUAAUAUAUCUACCAAACAGCUUGGUUUUCUUUAUAUUUUACCUCGAAUAAAAAAGAAAUAACAGUACAACAACCCUCCAAAUGCUAGAACUUCCUGCACUCUAUUGAAUCUAUUAGCAGCAUUAUACUACUAUUAUUUAUUACAAUUUCUUUAUUAUCAUUCAUAAAUGAUAUUUUAUAUCUAUAUAUCUAUAGUAUUACUGUAUUUCUUGAUACUUUAUUUUCUUUAGUUAGG